AUUUAUUCGUGAGGUGGAUAUUUACAUUUGGUUGUACAAUACAUCUUAAAAAUAGACUUAUUUUAAAUCCGGCGUUUAAACUUAUAAUUGAUAACUAGGUUAUUAGGCCUACUCAUAUAUACAACAUAUUCAUGUGUCAUUUCCGUAAAUACAGUACACGAUAACCAUUAGGUUACAAUAUAUAGAUCUUAAGCUAAACUAAAUAAAGGAACAUUUAAAUAACACAUAUACGAUUGCCAGCAAGGGUUUUACAAAGGACAUGGACAAAUAAAGCGAGAUUGUUUACAUGCAUAUAUAUGUUCUGUAAAUUGAGAGAUUCAUGGUAGACUUAUAUUGAGCACCAAAGGAGAUCCAAUAUUUAAAGGCAUAUCUUUACAUUAUGUGUUAAGAGACUACAGGACAAACGAACCCUAUCAUAAAAUUGGGAUAAUCACCUGAUCACCAUUGUUAAACCGGAUAAGCAAAUAUAUAAAGCAUGCCACCAGCCAAAAAGAGGAUUAUAAAAUACGUACAGCUGAACGGCGCAGAGAAGAGAUAUGUCCCUAAUAAGCAUUAUAUGUAUAUACUUCAAAUAAAAUGGGAAAGUGGUAACAAGUAUAUAGUCUACAGGAAAUACAGCGACUUCUUUGAUUUUCACGAGAAGCUUACAGAGAUGUUUCCGAUUGAAGCUGGAGUUAUAGAUGAAAGACAACGAAUAUUACCAGCUUUACCCUCUAGGAAGUUAUUUCAGCGAAGUGAAGUGAAAAAGGUUGCCUCAGAGCGUGAAGUGAGUCUGGGAGAAUACUGCAAGCGUUUCUUUAAGCUGGAGGAGAAGAUCUGCCAAAAUGAGUUUGUUCAUACAUUUUUCGAACCCUCUAUGGAGGAUAUCAAUCCGCCCAAAGAUGCAAGCAAAAAGCCUGUAAAGACUAGUUUGCUCUCUGCCUUGCUACCCUUCUCCAAAAAUAAAAAAGAGCUUGUUCCCCAGAAGUCAGUGCCUGCUGGCCUUGGCCUCAAUGUCGAUCAAACGAUGGAUACCGGCGAUGCCGAGGACAUGGAUAUAGGUUCUCCAAUGUCUUUGGAUCCUUACCGUGCUAUAUCCGACUACAAGGCCGCAGACAAGUCAGGUGUUAGCUUCUCAGAGGGACAGCUUGUAGAUGUGGUCGAGAAAAACCCAACAGGUUGGUGGUUUGUCCAGGUUGACGAGAAACAAGGAUGGGCGCCUGCCUCAUACCUUGACCCCAUUGAUUCAGCCGAAGAGGCAGACGAUCCUGCGCCAAACUAUACAGAGCCAGAUCAGAUGAUUGCCACCAAAGCAUACGAAGCAAAAUUUGAAGAUGAAGUUAGCUUCAAUAAAGGGACACUUAUGGAAGUCAUGCAUAAACUCUUAGAUGGAUGGUGGAUUGUAAAUAUAAAUGGUCAAGUGGGUUACGCCCCUGCGGCCUACCUUGCCCCGAUAACUAACCCACAUAUGAAAAAUAUGAAGGCUAGUUUCAAAGUGAAGGAGGUUGUACCAACUCCAAGGAGACGGACGAUCAAAAACAUAGCAGAGGCGAACAAGAAGCCAGCAAGAGACCUGACUAUAUAUAGGAAGAUGAGCAAGAAACGCAUGCAGACGAAACAAAAGAAGCAGGCACCAAUGCUCAAUCUUAUGAUACCGCCUCCCCAGAGCGCCGUCGCCAACACAAAUGAAGAGUUUGACCAGAUCUAUUCCAAUGACACCAUGGAUCAACAAGAAUUUGGCACAAUAUACGAGGAGAUAUUAGAGAACUCUCCAUCCCCCACCGGGAAAUCUAAGUCCUACACACCAUUGGAAAAGGCGGCAGAAAGUGGCCCCAAGGUAGAGCCCAGGCCCAUUACUGAUACCCAACCACGCAAGAAGUCAUCAACAGAACACGGCUAUGAUCGUCCAGUUAGCGUUGACACUAGCGCUGGCGUUGAUGAGGAGAUAUACGAUGACGUACAGGGUGAGGAUGAUGAUUGUGGGCAAAUCUACGAGAAUCCAGCAAACGUUACCCAGAUUAAUGAAUCCGUAAACUGGAAAGCAGUCACAAGCCCCAAUUCACAACCUAUGAGGUCAGCGCCACCUUUAGCCCCAAGUCAGAAACCCCAGCCCAAACCUCGUACACCCAAAUUAGAGAAAAAGGUUCUCUCAUUAAACUCGACCAUUCCUGCCCCCGAUCCCAGCACUGUCACCAAAGAUAAAUACGGUUAUGAAAUAGUUGACGACGCUAACAAUACUCAAAACGAAAGAUGCUCAUCUCAUAGUGCGGACUAUCUUCCCCCUGCACCACCGCCACCUAUCGACGCCCAAGAUGAUAACAUUUAUCUGGCGAUGGUGUCGGACGAUAGUACAGAGAGCGCCACAAAGCCUCAGAGUAAUUUAAGAACAUCCGAACCGGACAUAUCUCCCGGAUUUAGACAAUGUAACCCUACGGUUAACUGGAAUACUGUUAUCCCGCUUAGACCAUCAGAAGCCUUGAUAGAAGAAAAGAAACCACAUGGUUAUAUUAAUGUAUUUGAUGAAAAUGGGAAAAACCCUAACAACCCCGAAGCUCAUUUAGAAAAACUUGAGAUAACUAAAAAACACGCAACUCUCGGGGCAAUGGGCAGAUCAACGGGACAAAAGCCAGUCAAACCCCAAAGAUCACCAAGGGCAUCACCAAGGAGCUCUCCCAGGAGCUCUCCCAUGGGUUCCCCGUACGUUGGUAAGAAAUCUAGUUCAAACAAUGCAGAGAUAAAUAAAUCACAAACACUUCCUGGUAAUAUUGGAUUCGGGAACGUGGCAGACAAAACAGGUUCAAAACCAGUGCCACGACCUAAAAUAACUACAAAACCUCCAGUUUCAUCCAAACAUGACUCUGCCAAUAGGGCGAAACAACGUACCAACGAUACCGACAAGGAAGAUUCUAGUCCCAAAGACAAUACCAAUGGAACUAAUGAAAAACCUAUGAAAUCAUUGGCAGAUAGAUUGGCAAUGUUUCAGAAAUAAUGAUAAAAUUUUGAAUCGAUUUUGAAGAUUUGAUCUUUUUAGUUUAUUGUCCACUAAUCUAGCCAUGCAAAAGAGUGAGGAGAAAUAUUGUGUCACCAAGAAUUUCAAACCAUUGACUUCAUUGGAGCCUUGCUCGUGGUACGCUGGUUUACUGCGGAACGUUGUUCUUUCCAGUUAACAAAUGUUUUGUUAAAUUUUAUAUCACUUAACAUAAUGUAUGUUUUCUAAAAUGAUAGUGUAAUAAAAUACGAGUCCUUUCAACAUUGCAUUUAUUUGGUUGCUUAUUUGCUU